CGGAAGGAGCGCCGACACGGAGAUGGAGGCUGUGGUUUACAGUGCCUUGGCUCCCGAAGAGGCCAGAGAAUAUGACAUUCAGGCUCCAGAGCGCCAGCAGGCAGAGGCCUUCGUGAAAGCCUUCCUGAAGCGCAGCUGGCCCGGGAUUACCGAAGAGACGCUCCAGGACGGCAUGCAACGCAAAGCCGUCAUCCUCGAUUACGCCCUCUCCAAGAAGCCGAAGGAGAAGAGGAGGAAAUCCAAAGGGCUGUCCGCCAGGCAGAGGAGGGACCUGCGACUCUUUGAAAUUAAACCCGAGCAGCAGAGGUACAAACUGUUUCUCCCCCUGCACCACCUCUGGAAACAAUACAUCCGGGACCUGUGCAACGGUCUCAAGCCCGAUACGCAGCCUCACGUGAUUCAGUCCAAGCUGCUGAAGGCCGACCUUCACGGUGCCAUUAUUUCGGUUACCAAAUCCAAGUGCCCCUCCUACGUUGGCAUCACGGGAAUACUUCUUCAGGAAAUGAAGCAUGUUUUCAAAGUCGUCACCAAAGACGAUAAACUGAAAGUCAUUCCCAAGUCAAACUGCGUGUUUAGUGUGGAAAUCGAUGGUUUCAUUACCUAUAUUUACGGGAGCAAGUUUCAGCUCCGAUCAAGCGAGCGCUCCGCCAAGAAAUUCAAAGCAAAAGGCACAAUUGACCUGUGACCCCGUCCGGGAUAUAUCACCUUCGAAGGCUGGAGGAGAGAGGGAGGACGAGGGGCCUAAGGGUGAGCAUCAGGAUUGCAUUUUGUGCCUCCUUGGAGAAAAACUCAGUGAGUGAUUGUUAAAUCGAGCACGCAGAAGGACCCAUGCUUACCGGGAAACCAAGGGGAAGCUAUCUAACUGGACAUACGGCCACCAACGUGGCUUACCUAGUUCCAAAGUUGGAAGGGGUGGCUUAACCUAAUGUUGGCAUUCUCACCCCAUGUUCAUGGAAAUAAAUUUGAAAGAAAAUAAAUUUUUGCAACCCUCUGUCAGAGAAUAAAAGUCACUCGAAGAAACCACUUUUGAGAGCCCAGGGAAGAAUCAAGACUGAAGUGCACACUCCUGACACCCACCUUGAACGGAUUUUUCCAGAACAAGACAGAAAAACCUAUAUUCGUUUGGAUAGUUUGUAAUUCGCUAAAGGAAGCUGAAACUGCCCUAUCUGGGGGAAUCAGGAAUGAGAAGGGAAAAUGAAUUUUUAUAGUGCCGGAUUCUUGUAUCUUGUGUCUAACUGCAAAAGCUCUGAGACUCUGAUUUGAAUUUUUUUUUCCCCUCCCGGGCAAAAACAUAGUCCUUCUGCUCAGUUUUUUGGUUGGCAAAUAAAACUAUUGAGAAGC